CGCCAAGUCUAGUCUUUCCAGCAAGAAACACGGCCUGAUGAAUCCACAAAAUGAAAUUAUUUGGGACAACGAAAAAGAACUUCUUCUAUGCCAGUUGUGGAAAGAACAUGCUGCUGCUCUUCAAAAACCCGAAACUACCCACGAUACAUGUGUAAAAAUUGCAAAAAUCCUACAAAACACCGGAUUCCAAGUGGAAUGGAAGGAUGUAAAGGAUAAAAUAGCUGAAAUGACACACCAAUAUAAGCGCGAUAAGGCAAAUGACAACGGGGCCAAUUCGAUGUGGUACUCCUAUUCAGAUGUUGAUAGAAUUUUUUCUACCCUUGAGCUGAUAAAUUUGGGCAAUAAUGCAUUGGUGAUUACAACUGAAGCUACUUCUGAGUUAUCAGUGCCCCCCAUUGAAAAAAAUUCUUUGGACGAUUCCAUCUCAAAUGACUGCUGCAGCGACUGCGGAGACUGUGACUGCGGAGACGGUGACUGUGGAGCUUGCGAUGACUGUAUAAUACUAUAAACUUAUUUAUAAAUAAACAAUCAAAUCUAAAACAAUGAA